GAAAAAAAACAAAUCAAAACAUUGGUGAUUUGGGACGAGCUGAUGAAAAAAGUGUUUUCUCUGCGACAUUCGAUGUGAAAAGCCGAAAUUGUGUUUGUUCCAAACAAUUGAACUACAUAAGGUUGCUUGCAAGAUGAAUGUCAUACGGGCUGUCCAGUUGUAUCUGGAAAAAAUGAUUACCGAGGCUGGGCCUGGAAUGAAGAUGUUAAUGAUGGAUCGCGAAACCACCAGCAUUGUAUCGAUGGCCUUCGCUCAGUCAGAAAUGCUUCAAAAAGAAGUCUACCUUUUCGAGCGCAUCGAUUCCGGCCGAUCGAACGAAAGGCUUAAAUAUUUGAAAUGCGUUGUCUUCAUUCGACCUACACGGGAUAACAUUUUACGGUUGCAGAGUGAACUCAAAAGUCCCAAAUAUGGAUCAUAUUUCAUCAAUUUCAGCAACAUCAUCCCCCGGACGGACAUCAAAUCGCUCGCGGAGAGCGACGAAAGUGAAUCCGUUCGCGAGGUGAAAGAAGUCUACGCCGAUUACCUACCGGUCAAUCCAAAUCUCUUCUCGCUCAACAUUCCAUCUAGUCUACAGGCGCUUUCCUGGAAUCCAGAAGCCCUGGAACGGUCCGUACAGGGACUGAUCAGUGUUCUGUUGUCAUUCAAGUUUCGUCCCGCGAUCCGGUAUAAAGCUAGCUCCAGCGCAGCACAAACACUGGCAAAAAAGGUCUACGAAACCAUCAACAAAGAGACUGCGCUGUUCAGCUUUCGACCACCGGAGGAUGGAUCGUCUCCACCGCUGUUGUUGAUUUUGGACCGCCGGGACGAUCCCAUCACACCACUACUCAGCCAGUGGACCUACCAAGCGAUGGUGCAUGAAUUAUUGACGAUCAAUAAGCAGCGCGUUGACCUGUCUGGGGUCCAAGGCGUCCCGAAGGAUCUGAAAGAGAUCGUACUUUCAUCCGAGCAGGACGAAUUUUAUGCUGCCAACAUUUACUCGAACUUUGGCGAGAUUGCGACUACAAUUAAAGGGUUGAUGGAUGAGUUCCAGAAGAAGGUGCACGACCAGAAAAAGAUAGAGAGUAUCAAUGAUAUGAAAAAUUUCGUUGAGACGUAUCCACAGUUUAAGAAAAUGUCCGGAACAGUUACGAAACAUUUGGUGCUGAUAAGCGAAUUGUCGCUGCAGGUUGGCAAACAACAGUUGUUUGAGAUUUCGGAGCUGGAGCAGGAAAUCGCAUGUCGAGCGGAUCAUUCGACGCAGUUCCAGCGGGUUAAGAAGCUAGUCUCAGAUGCAAAAAUUAAUUUACACAAUGCAUUGCGCUUGAUUUUGCUAUACUCGAUGCGCUACGAACGGCACGCUAAUUGUGGAACAACAGGAUUGUUGAAGAUCUUAUAUGAUCGUGGAGGACGUGCACAUAUCGUUCCAAAAAUGCUGGAAUAUAUCAGCACCAGUGCCCGUCAGGAACUUUUUAACACUGUGAAGAUAACAGAUGCGGUUAAGCUUACGCGAAAUUUGAUUAAAGGUCUUAAAGGGGUCGAAAAUGUGUAUACCCAGCAUAACUGUGUUCUCAAAGAAACGCUAGAGGAGGUCAUGAGGGGUCGCCCAUUGGAUGCGGCUUAUCCUAUUAUGGGUAACGAACUUCCCUUCCGUAGACCUCCGCAGGAGAUAGUUGUAUUUGUGAUUGGUGGAACGACUUAUGAGGAAGCGUUAGCCGUCCACAGAUACAACCAGGAAGGAUACAAAGUGGUAGUGGGAGGAACAACCAUUCAUAAUUCGGAAAGUUUUAUCGAGGAAAUUAUGGCCGCAACAGCUGGAGUACCAUUCAAGCACUCGAGAUCGCUACAGCAAUUCCAUCACGCUCCUCCGGGAGAAGCUUAAGGAUAAUCAUCGUAUUGUGUAUAUGUUAUGUGUGUUGAAUACGUAUAUUAUAAUCUAUGAUGAAAAUUCCAGCAUUAAUUGUUGUUGCACUAUUGACCUAUUGUAUUAACACUCUGAAAACUAUUUUAUAAUCGUGUCAUAAAAAUGCUUGCCUAAUAA